CAGUCUCUGAGGCUGAGGCUAGGGUAGGGAAGAAGGGACUGUAAGGGAGAGAGACAGAUUAGAGGGAAAGAGGUUUGGGAAGGAAACAACAGAAAAGAAACUGCUUAUCACACUAACAGAGAGGCAAAUGACGGUGGAGAUGAGAACAGAGAAAGACAAGACUAUGAAAGGCAAAAAAUAUAAAUAGAGAGAAAAAGGGAAAAAUGCCAAGAAGAACAUCCAUCCGAAGAAAUGAAGAGAAUGAAAGUUUUAUGCUGCAGAACCGUUCCGUGCUUUUCCGGCACAAAAUUCUCUCGCUGUUUUUAAGCCCUUUUGCAUUUGCCAGCAGUUGACAUUAGGAGGCAUGUUCAGCGGUGCCAGCAGCAUCUCCUCUUCCUUCUCCUCUUCCUCUUCAUCUUCCUCCUCCUCUUUCUUUUCCUCCUCCUCUCAUCAGCAAGAAGACAAACCGAGGACAGUCUUGAAAUAUCGAAAUUUCCUCCUUGGGAUUUGCCAACGCCGCGUUGCGUCAAGACUGUCGGAAUAAAGGACGCUGACUAUUGUAUUAUCAUUAUUUUAUUAAUUGGUCAGUGGGAAGAUUACAGACGAGGAAAGGGGACGCCUGUCACCCUUCCUGCGCUAAGACUGAAAAAUGAGGCUGGAUUGGGGGGAAGCCCUAAAAUGAAGCAAAAGGAAUAGGAUUUUUAAAGGCAGAAAGCCACAGGAGCCCCCCACGUAGCGCACUUUUAUUUGUUUUGGGGUUUUAUUUUUUUUGAGAUUUUCUUUUUUCCUUGGUGGUGGGGGAGGUGAUUGGGUGGCUGACUGGCUGAGGGAAGCUGCUUCCUUUCCCUUUGGAGAUGAUUGUGCUAUUAUUCUUUGCCUUGCUCUGGAUGGUGGAGGGAGUCUUUUCCCAGCUUCACUACACGGUACAGGAGGAGCAGGAACAUGGCACUUUCGUGGGGAAUAUCGCCGAAGAUCUGGGCUUGGACAUUACAAAACUUUCGGCUCGCAGGUUUCAGACAGUGCCCAACUCGCGGACCCCUUACUUGGACCUCAACCUGGAGACCGGGGUGCUGUACGUGAACGAGAAGAUCGACCGUGAGCAAAUUUGCAAGCAGAGCCCCUCCUGCGUCCUGCACCUAGAGGUCUUCCUGGAGAACCCCCUGGAGCUGUUCCGGGUGGAGAUCGAGGUCUUAGAUAUCAAUGACAACCCCCCCUCCUUCCCGGAGCCGGACCUGACUGUGGAGAUCUCUGAGAGCGCCACGCCAGGAACUCGCUUCCCCUUGGAAAGCGCAUUUGACCCAGACGUGGGUACCAACUCCCUGCGCGACUACGAGAUCACCCCCAACAGCUACUUCUCCCUUGACGUGCAAACCCAAGGGGAUGGCAACCGAUUCGCAGAGCUGGUGCUGGAGAAGCCGUUGGAUCGAGAGCAGCAAGCGGUGCACCGCUACGUGCUGACCGCGGUGGACGGGGGAGGAGGGGGAGGAGGAGUAGAAGGAGGAGGAGGCGGAGGGGGGAGCCUGCCUCCCCAGCAGCAGCGCACUGGCACAGCCCUACUCACCAUCCGAGUGCUAGACUCCAACGACAACGUGCCCGCCUUCGACCAACCCGUCUACACUGUGUCCCUCCCAGAAAAUUCGCCCCCAGGCACGCUUGUGAUCCAGCUCAACGCUACAGACCCAGACGAGGGCCAAAACGGCGAGGUUGUGUACUCUUUUAGCAGCCACAUCUCGCCCCGGGCGCGAGAGCUCUUCGGACUCUCUCCGCGCACUGGCCGACUAGAAGUGAGCGGCGAGCUGGACUAUGAAGAGAGCCCUGUGUACCAAGUGUACGUGCAAGCCAAGGACCUGGGACCCAACGCGGUGCCUGCGCACUGCAAGGUGCUGGUGCGAGUGCUAGAUGCGAACGACAACGCACCGGAGAUCAGCUUUAGCACGGUGAAGGAGGCGGUGAGUGAGGGCGCCGCGCCGGGCACAGUGGUGGCCCUGUUCAGCGUGACAGACCGCGACUCCGAGGAGAAUGGGCAGGUGCAGUGUGAGCUGCUGGGGGACGUGCCGUUCCGCCUCAAAUCUUCCUUCAAAAACUACUACACCAUCGUGACUGAGGCCCCCCUGGACCGAGAGACCGGGGACUCCUAUACUCUGACUGUAGUGGCCCGGGACCGGGGCGAGCCGGCACUCUCCACUAGUAAGUCCAUUCAGGUGCAAGUGUCAGAUGUGAAUGACAACGCGCCGCGCUUCAGCCAGCCAGUCUACGACGUGUAUGUGACUGAGAACAACGUUCCAGGCGCCUACAUUUAUGCUGUGAGCGCCACAGACCGCGACGAGGGCGCCAACGCCCAGCUAGCCUACUCCAUCCUCGAGUGCCAGAUCCAGGGCAUGAGCGUCUUCACCUACGUGUCCAUCAACUCCGAGAACGGCUACUUAUAUGCCCUGCGCUCCUUCGAUUAUGAGCAGCUCAAGGACUUCAGUUUUCAGGUGGAAGCUCGGGACUCUGGCAGCCCUCAGGCGCUGGCGGGCAACGCCACUGUCAACAUCCUCAUCGUGGAUCAGAACGACAACGCUCCUACUAUCGUGGCGCCCUUGCCAGGGCGCAACGGUACACCGGCGCGCGAGGUGCUACCCCGCUCCGCGGAGCCUGGUUACCUACUCACCCGCGUGGCCGCUGUGGACGCUGAUGACGGCGAGAACGCCCGACUCACCUACAGCAUCGUGCGAGGCAACGAAAUGAACCUCUUUCGCAUGGACUGGCGCACCGGGGAGCUCCGCACAGCGCGCCGGGUGCCCGCCAAGCGCGACCCCCAGCGGCCUUACGAGCUGGUGAUAGAGGUGCGCGACCACGGGCAGCCACCUCUGUCCUCCACAGCCACUCUGGUGGUGCAGCUGGUGGAUGGCGCCGUGGAAUCCCAGGGAGGGGGCGGGGGUGGAGGUGGGGGACCAGGAGAGCAUCAACGCCCUAGCCGCUCCGGUGGCGCAGAGACCUCACUGGACCUCACCCUUAUCCUCAUCAUCGCACUGGGCUCAGUGUCCUUCAUCUUCCUGCUGGCCAUGAUAGUGCUGGCGGUGCGUUGCCAAAAGGAGAAGAAGCUCAACAUCUACACGUGUCUGGCCAGCGAUUGCUGCCUCUGCUGCUGCUGCUGUGGCGGGGGAGGCUCGACUUGCUGUGGCCGCCAAGCCCGGGCGCGCAAGAAGAAACUUAGUAAGUCAGACAUUAUGCUGGUACAGAGCUCAAAUGUACCCAGUAACCCGGCCCAGGUGCCUGUAGAGGAGUCCGGGGGCUUUGGCUCCCACCACCACAAUCAGAAUUACUGCUACCAGGUCUGCCUGACCCCAGAGUCCGCCAAGACCGACCUGAUGUUCCUUAAGCCCUGCAGUCCCUCUCGGAGUACGGACACUGAGCACAAUCCCUGCGGGGCCAUCGUCACCGGCUACACCGACCAGCAGCCCGACAUCAUCUCCAAUGGAAGCAUAUUGUCCAACGAGACUAAACACCAGCGAGCAGAGCUCAGCUAUCUAGUUGACAGACCUCGGCGAGUUAACAGUUCUGCAUUCCAGGAAGCUGACAUAGUAAGCUCUAAGGACAGUGGUCAUGGAGACAGUGAACAGGGAGAUAGUGAUCAUGAUGCCACCAACCGCGGCCAGUCAGCUGGUAUGGAUCUUUUCUCCAACUGUACUGAGGAAUGUAAGGCACUGGGCCACUCAGAUCGGUGCUGGAUGCCUUCUUUUGUUCCUUCUGAUGGACGUCAGGCUGCCGAUUACCGCAGUAAUCUGCAUGUUCCCGGCAUGGACUCUGUUCCAGACACUGAGGUGUUUGAAACUCCAGAAGCCCAGCCUGGGGCAGAGCGGUCUUUCUCCACAUUUGGCAAAGAGAAGGCCCUUCACAGCACUCUGGAGAGGAAAGAUCUGGAUGGACUGCUGUCUAAUACACGAGCGCCUUACAAACCACCAUAUUUGACACGGAAAAGGAUAUGCUAGUCAAUUCUACGGGACUUACCUGAAGCAGCAUGAUUUGCACAAAGUCGACCAACAAAAGCAUCAACUUUUCAACUUCAUUAUCUUGGCCAUCCAGUUAGUUCUGUGCAACUGAGUGUUAGAUUGCCAGCACAGUCAUCGUGGCCAAUUAAAGGACCUAAUUGCUCUCAGCAGGCCUGAGAAAUGAGUUGAAAUGUGCAGAACUGUAGAAACUUUAGAGGCAACUGAUCUUGCCUCUCCGAUCAGUGUGUGCCUGUUUACAGCACUAUAUAUCUUUCUCUCUCCAAAUGUCACUGAGCCCUUUAGAUGUUUAUAUUCACCACGAGAAGCCAGUCAUAAAGAUAAAGGAAAUUUGUGCAUUAUAAAUGCAAUAUCACUGUUUUAAACUUGACUGUUUUAUAUUAUUUUUGUGUGAUCAAGUGUUUCCCAAGCUAUUCCAACUUUACAAGAGAGAUUGUGAUUAUGUUCUUUUCACCUGUGGGUUAUAAAAAAUGUUGUAUUCUGAAGACCCACAAAAAUAUCAAAGACAUUCUGUAGUUUAUACACCGUGUUGCAAAGUGUUUACUGUACUAUUUCAAAGCUUCUAAAUAAAUAUAAAAUAUAUAUAUUAUAUUAUAUAAUUUUCCUAAAAUGUGGUACAACUUAGUUGGUUUUUAAAUGGAUUCAUACUGUCCACAUCAUACAAUAAAGUAAAAGGUAAUUCAGGGUCCCAAAGAUAAACUUUCUGAGAAAAAAAAAAAAAAAACAUCAUUAAUAGUUUCCUUCCAGCUUCCUUCCAGUUUUCAUAUCCUAGUCAACCCUGUUUUUCCUUGUUUAAAAGAAAAAUGAUGCUCUAAGCUACAAAAUUUUGUCAAAAACUCAUACUGAAUUUUCAAUGCCAAAGAUGUAGCUGUCAAUGUUAUCAGACUGAGCACUGAACAUGUACUAUCAAACUAUCUUACAAUCUUCAUUAUUUCAAUUCUAUUUCUAUGGCUUUGAAUUUUGAAUCACUUAAAACUUUUAUAAAGAAUCUAUAAAUUCAUCUGCAUAAGUUGUUAGAGAAAAAAAAAAGAACACUGAGUGUCUGUACAUUUUGUGGUAUAAAAUAUGUAAUUGAAGAUUACUAUUUUAACAUGUCCUCAUCAUUUAACUCACACAGAGUUUUAUUUUACAUAGUUUUGUUGUUUAAUUAAACAUGAAUAUAAAAUCUAUUUAUAACUCUAUAUGAAUAUAUAGAGAUAAAUAAAUAUUUGAACUGAUAAAGAAAAGCUAUAACAUAUAAAGUAUCCCUAAAUUAAAAAAAAAAAAAAAAACAGUUAAAUAAAUUUGAAGAUAGAAACAUGGUACAUAAUUGUUUCACUAUUAUUUUAUGUGUGAACAUUAAUAACAAAAUUAGUGUUUUAUUAAUGAGAAAAUCCUUCAUGAGUCACAGCCUUGAAAAGUAAAGCUUGCCAUUUAUUUUUAUGUCAAAAGUUAAUUAUUAAAUUCAAUGAGAUGCA